ACAAGUAAAAAAGAAAUGGAAGAACAAUCAGAAGGCACAGAGCACUCAGACACUGAAAAGACAGACAAUAAAAAGGAGAAGGACACAACAACAAAAGAUGAUGAUGAAAAUGAUGAUGAUGAUGAAAAUGUUUCAUCGGGUGAUGAUGAAGAAGUACUUCCAGCUGGACUUUUAGAAAAGCCUGUUGUCAUAGAAGAUGGGAAGAAAAGGGAAAGGAAAAAAGUAGAAAGAAUAACCUUUGAGUCAGCAAGGCCUGCAAGUGCUAGUGUUGAAAUUAAAGAAGGAAAGGGAAGGAGUCUUGGGGAUAUACCUUUCAUUGAACACAAAUUGGGCAGAAUGAAGUCAGAAGACUGUAAACCUUUACACCGUAUACUGUACCGCAGACUUUGCACUAAUCUUGAAACCAAGAAGAAUAUUCGGCAGUUCUCUGGGUUUCCAUUUUCAAAGGAUGAUAAAGAGUAUGAAAAAAGAAUGGAGAUGUUGAAAUCAAAGAAAUUCAGUUUAACUAUUGUGAAGAAAAUGAUGGAGAUCUUAGACAUACCUAGAACAGGUACUAAAAAUGAAUUAAUUACAAGACUCAUGGAAUGGCUAGAAAAACCAACAGAUUCUGGUAGGAAAGUUCCAGCACCAAAACGUAAAAGAUCAGCAGGUGGUGACAAGAAAAAAAGGGUAAGGAAAACUAAAAAAAAGGCCGGAAAUGAUGUAGCUGACAGCGAUAAUGAAAGUGAAGAGGCAGCUGAUGAAAGUGAUGACAACAAAGAUGAUGAUGGUGAUGAUGAUGAUAAGAAGGCAGAUAGCAGUGAUGAAGAAGAAGAGGAGGAGGUAAAGACUCCUCCUAAGAAGAAGGCGAAGAAGUCACUUCCUAAACCUACAAAGGAGAAAAAGCCCAGAACUCCAAAGGCUACAAAUAAAAAGAAACUAACACCUAAAAAGAAGAAAGAGGUUAGUGAGGAUGAAGAUGUCAGUUCAAGCUCUGAUGAUGAACCAUUGGUUGCAAAAAAGAAAUCUAAAGGACCUCCAACAAAUGAUGAAUUGAAAGAUGUUAUAAAGAAAAUGUUAGACAAUGCCAACCUUGAACAGGUUACAAUGAAGACAGUUUUAAAAAAUGUAUUUGCUAAGUAUCCUGAUUAUGAUUUGUUGGACAGAAAAGAUUUCAUUAAAAAUACAGUGAAACAGAUAAUUUCAUGAAAACUAGAACAGGAUUUCUAUAUUGGACAUAAAUUACAGGUCAUUGAAUGACAUGCUUGAAGGCAGCUGCAUAUUGCAUGAACAGUUUGGAGGAUUGCUAUUUCUGACAUGUACACAUCUCCAUAUGGCAUACAACAACAGUUAUACACCAGUGAAAUAAAACAUUUAAAACUCAGUGAUUUUGAAAUAAUGAAAAAUAUAUAUAUUGUAGAAAAGCAAACUACUUUAAUAAGGGUCUGUUUGUUUAUUAAACUUUGAAUUUAACAUUUUUGUUUUACAUUAUGGUAUGCAUGCUAUUAAGUAGUACUAAAAAAGUUUGAUUUUAAUUUUAUUGUACAACAAAGUUAAAACUCUACUGUUUGAAAUACGAUGGACUUUUAUCAUUUCAAAUCAAGUAAUUCUAGAAUAUAUAGUAGAAGUCGUAGUUUCAAAUAGUAUGAAUUUAAAUUGGAAAUUGAUUGUCAGGAGAUAUUUGACUGUAUAUGUCCGGGUAUGAAAACAAGGGUUUUUAUGUUUUUAAUUUCAAGAAAAUCAGUUUUAAUGCAUCAAUGUGUUUAAAUAAACCUAUCUUUUUAUUGGUUGUAAAUAGUUUUAUCAUUAUUAUAUCUUAUCAUUAUAUAUGUGUUCAUGAGUCUUAUUAUAAAGUGAACUAUUUGAAUAGUGCAAUUUUAGUGUUCCAAUCAUGAAGUUAUUAAUUUAUAUCAAUCUGCUCAAUAUUUCCCUAUUAAGUGAUUGACACUAUAACGACAUUUCAAACCUAAUUAUAUCAUGUAACCUUCUAAAGGUUAUCUUGUGUCUUUAAUCAAAGAAGAAUUUGAAUAACUUAAUUUUCAAAUAUAUUUUUUUUUCAACAUUAGUACAUAUACAUACUUUUUGACAAUGAUUGAUUAGGAGGCAACUUAAUAAGCCACUUACUGUCCAUAUGAUGCUUCAUUUGUAUGUUUUAUGGUUGUUUUUACUUAUUUAGUAUCAUAAGAACUUGUACACACCAUUUAUUUAGAUGAUCAUAUUCAAAUAACUAUUUAAGGAGAUUGGGAGUUGUGCUUAGCUAAGCAACACCAUUCAACAUGGAAUUAUAUUGGGUCAUUUCCAUCUUUGAGCUUAAGAAAAUCAAGCCUUACACUCAGCAUGGAUCUUAUUUAAAGACAGUGUGUGGUAAUUUCCACACAGACUACCUCUUGGACACCUUGUUUUGAAAUAAAUAUAUAUAUAAGAUUCAUUUAAUUGUUUAAUAGAAAGUUCUUCGGUGUUUUAAUCAGAAAUAUUUCGCUUUAACAUUUGUAAAUAGAUUGUUGCUUAAACUAUACAUCAACAUCAGGCAUUCAUUCGCUUUAUGUUAAACAGAUAAAUUUUGAUAACUGUUGAAUAUGUAAGAAGAAAUAUGAUGGUUUAAGAAAAAAUAUUGUAAGUUUUAAAUGAAGUAUUUCCAGUUAUGUAUAUAUAGGAUCAACCAUUAACAUUUUAUUUCAGGUUCUGUUAUGCUUUUUCAUUUACAACAGUGGAAUUAUAUGUUUUAAAUAGAAAAUAUGCAUUGAGUUGAUUAUAAAAUAAUAAAAUUAGAUGUAUCACAUAUAAUUAAAACAUUGUAAGAAUUUAAGUAAACAUUUCUUUCAUUGUUGAUUUUACAACUAAAUUGGAUGUUAUUGUUGUUAAUUUGCCAUUAUUAUGUUUUAAAAGAAAGGUAGUUACUAUGUUUUACUGUUCAUAUAUUUCUGACUUAAACAUAAGGGUCAUUUACUAGUAAAGGUAUUUACAUCUUCAUAAUAAUAUGGUAUUCUUCUUUCUCAUUAUAUUCUUACAAAAUCUGUAAAAUCAGAUUGGUUUAUUUGCUAUUUAAGUCCAAUUUCAAUUUACAACCGGGCAAAAUUAAACAAGGGCACACUCUGCAAUUUCAUUUUAUCAUUUUGCUAAAAUUUCAUAAUGUUUUUACAAUUUGGCUUCAGGAUUUUCUGUCCAUAAUAUAUUAUUUUAAUAAAAAAAUGUAAGAGAAAUUUUUAGCAAGGAUGAGGAAGGGUAAUCAUAGGUUAAAAUGACAGUGCACAAUGUCUUCAUACAAUAAAAUUGUGUAAGAACACAUUGGUUACAUAUCUAUAUUAAAUGUAAGUUCUAUAUAAUAAUAAGCUGAUGUUGGAGGACAGUUUUGUUAAAUAAUAAUCUUAGAAAUUAUCAUUAAAAUUCUAUAUUAAAUGUAAAUUCUGGUAAUAAUUAGCUGAGGAAAACUUCACAGGCAAUUUUGUUGAUAUAAUAUCCUUAGCAAUUAUCAUUAAAUACAUUUUUUUUUCAUAUCAUUUUAUAGAAGGAUCUCUGUUCUGUACAUGUAUUUGAGAAUAGAAAUUGUAUUUAAAUUUAUAUAUAUUGUAAUAAUAUUGUGCCAUUAUUGCAUUGUGCACUGUUCUAGAACUCCUGUUUGAUUUAUUUACAAAUAGGGUUGACAGUAUGGUCAUAUUUUCUUCAUAAUCUUUCCUUCUCUUUCAUAUACACAUUAUCAUGUAGUAAAUACUUCAUUGUAAACUUUGUCUCAUAGCUAUCUAAGAUGGUGUCAAUAAAUUUAUAAAAUACAAA